GCUUGUCUGCCUUACUGUGAGGGCACGUGGUGCAUCUCGGACCAGAGACACUUAAUUCAUUUCUAUAUAUGCGCAGCGGCCGUCUCAAAAUAAGUCAUAAAAUGUCAAAAAUCCUGACAGUUUCCAAAUUUUUGAGGCAGGGGUGGUUGAGUGGAAGACACUACACUUCGGGCGAAUGGAGAUCCCAGACCCGUUUACUCAGCGUCAAGGCUCAGACAGCACACCUGGUCCUUGAGGAUGGCACUGUGAUGAAGGGCUACUCCUUCGGCAGUCCGCACUCGUCGGCAGGAGAGCUGGUUUUCAACACAGGACUAGUGGGGUAUCCAGAAGCUCUCUCAGACCCCAGUUAUAGAGGGCAGAUCCUCACCCUCACUUACCCCAUUGUGGGUAACUACGGUGUACCCAACACACAGGAACGUGAUGAGCUGGGCCUCAGAAAGAAUGUGGAGUCUGAUCACAUUCAGGUGUCAGGACUGCUGGUGCAGGACUACAGCCAUGACUACAGUCACUGGAAGUCAGUGAAGUCUCUGGCACAGUGGCUGCAGGAGGAGAAGGUACCCGCUCUGUACGGUGUGGAUACCCGAAUGCUGACCAAAAUCAUCCGAGAUAAGGGUACAGUCUUGGGGAAGAUCGAGUUUGAAGGGCAGCCGGUCGAAAUAACGGACCCAAAUAAACGGAAUCUUGUGGCUGAGGUCUCUACAAUGGUAAUUGAAACGCAGGUUUUCGGGAAAGGCAACCCAAUCAAAGUGGUGGCCGUUGACUGUGGGAUUAAGCACAACAUAAUCAGACUGCUUGUUAAGCAUGGUGCCGAGGUACAUCUGGUUCCAUGGGACCAGGACCUAAUGUGCCUGGAGUAUGACGGCCUGUUCCUCUCUAACGGACCCGGAGACCCGGCUCUGGCCGAUACUCUGAUCCAGAACGUCCGCAAGGUGCUGGAGAGCAACCGUCCCCAGCCUGUGUUUGGCAUCUGCAUGGGGAACCAGAUCACGGCCCUGGCUGCUGGGGCUCAGUCCUACAAACUCCCCAUGGGGAACAGGGGCCAGAAUCAGCCUGUGCUGAACAUGAUGACGGGCCAGGCCUUCAUCACGGCCCAGAACCACGGCUACGGCAUCGACAGCAAGUCACUGCCUCCUGGCUGGAUCCCGCUGUUCGUCAAUGCCAACGACGGCACCAAUGAGGGCAUCAUGCACAGCACCAAGCCGAUCUUCACUGCCCAGUUCCACCCAGAGGCCCGUGGAGGACCCACAGAUACAGAGUUCCUGUUCGAUGCCUUCAUGUCCCUGAUAAAAAAAGGGAAAGACGGCACCAUUGUGUCCGUGAUGCCAAAAAAGCCUGCAGUUCCCCCAAAAAUCCAGGUCUCCAAAGUGUUGGUGCUGGGGUCCGGGGGCCUGUCCAUCGGCCAGGCUGGGGAGUUCGACUACUCUGGGUCGCAGGCGGUGAAAGCUAUGAAGGAGGAGAACCUGAAGACGGUGCUGAUGAACCCCAACAUCGCGUCGGUCCAAACCAACGAGGUGGGCGACAAGCAGGCAGACUCGGUCUACUUCCUGCCCGUCACGCCCCAGUUUGUGACGGACGUGAUCAAGGCGGAGAAGCCUGAUGGCAUCCUGCUUUCCAUGGGCGGCCAGACGGCGCUCAACUGCGGGGUGGAGCUGUUUCGCAGCGGCGUCCUGCAGCAGUACGGCGUGCAGGUCCUGGGGACCCCUGUGGAGUCCAUCAUAGCCACGGAGGACAGGCAGGUGUUUGCGGACAAGCUGAUGGAGAUCAACGAGAAGAUUGCCCCCAGUGUCGCCGUGGAGUCGGUGGCAGACGCUCUGAAGGCGGCAGAAGGCAUUGGCUACCCCGUUAUGGUGCGCUCGGCCUAUGCCCUGGGAGGCCUCGGCUCAGGACUCUGCGCUGAUGGGCGCAAGCUGGAGGAGAUCGCAACCAAGGCCCUGGCCAUGAGCAGUCAGAUCUUGGUGGAGAAGUCCCUGCUGGGCUGGAAGGAGGUGGAGUACGAGGUGGUGCGGGACGUGGCCGACAACUGCGUCACCGUCUGCAACAUGGAGAACUUUGACCCAUUGGGCAUCCACACAGGCGACUCCAUUGUGGUGGCGCCCAGCCAGACGCUGUCCAACGAGGAGUACCACAUGCUACGGGAGACGGCCAUCAAGGUGGUGCGGCACCUGGGCAUUGUGGGCGAGUGCAACAUCCAGUACGCCCUCCACCCGACCUCGCUGGAGUACUGCAUUAUCGAAGUGAAUGCCCGCCUCUCCCGGAGCUCCGCACUAGCCUCGAAGGCCACGGGGUACCCCCUGGCGUUCGUGGCCGCCAAGCUGGCGCUGGGCAUCGCGCUGCCUGACAUAAAGAAUGCGGUGUCGGAGAAGACCACUGCCUGCUUCGAGCCCAGCCUGGACUACAUUGUGGCCAAGAUCCCUCGCUGGGACCUGGACCGCUUCCACGGCAUGUCGCGGGAGAUCGGCAGUGCCAUGAAGAGCGUGGGAGAGGUCAUGGCGGUGGGUCGCACCUUCGAGGAGAGCAUCCAGAAGGCCCUGCGCAUGUGCCACCCCUCGGUGGACGGCUUCGUGCCGUUCCUGCCCCUGAAGAGGUCGUGGGCGGAGGAGUUCGACCUGCGGCAAGAGCUCGCUGUGCCCUCCAGCACACGCAUCUUCUCCAUCGCCAAGGCGCUGCACGACGGAGUGAGCGUGGACCAGAUCCACGAGCUCACGGCCAUCGACAAGUGGUUCCUGUACAAACUGCGGCGCAUUACGGAGCUGGAGCAGCACCUGACUCAGCACAACAGCUCCACGGUCUCAGGUGAUCUCCUCCUGAAGGCCAAGCAGGCGGGUUUCUCAGACCGCCAGGUAGGGAGGGCCCUGGGCAGUUCAGAGGGAGACGUGCGAGCCCUGAGACUACGCCACAACAUCCAGCCCUGGGUCAAACAGAUUGACACCCUUGCGGCAGAAUACCCUGCUGUUACCAACUACCUGUACUGUACCUACCACGGGCAGGAACAUGACCUGCACUUUGCAGAUAAAGGUGUCAUGGUUUUGGGCUGCGGUCCUUAUCACAUAGGGAGUAGCGUGGAGUUCGACUGGUGCGCCGUGUCGAGCAUCCGAGCCCUCAGACAGAUGGGGAAGCGCACGGUGGUGGUGAACCACAACCCCGAGACCGUCAGCACCGACUUUGACGAGUGCGACCGGCUCUACUUCGAGGAGCUGACCCUGGAGCGCAUCCUGGACAUCAACCAGCAAGAGGGCUGCACGGGAUGCAUCGUGUCCGUCGGCGGCCAGAUCCCCAACAACCUGGCCGUGCCUUUGUACCACAACGGCGUGAACAUACUGGGCACCAGCCCGCUGCAGAUCGACCGGGCGGAGGAGCGCUCCGUCUUCUCCACCAUCCUCGAUGAGCUGGGGGUGGGUCAGGCCCCCUGGCAGGCACUCAACACCCUGGAUGAUGCAUUCGCCUUUGCCAAGAAAGUAGGUUACCCCUGCCUCCUGCGUCCGUCCUACGUUCUCAGUGGUUCGGCAAUGAAUGUGGCCUAUGGUGAGGAAGAGAUGAAGCGCUUUCUGGAGGAGGCAGCCCAGGUUUCACAGGAGCAUCCGGUGGUCAUCACCAAGUUCAUCCGCGGCGCCCGAGAGGUGGAAGUGGACGCCGUAGCCAAGGCUGGCAAGGUGUUGGCCCAUGCCGUUACCGAACACGUGGAGGACGCCGGCGUUCACUCGGGAGAUGCCACACUUAUUCUGCCGACCCAGACCAUCAGCCAAGGAGCCCUGGAGAAGGUGAAGACUGCCACCCGGAAAAUUGCGAAGGCAUUUGAGAUUUCAGGGCCAUUUAACACUCAGUUUCUGGUGAAAGGCAACGAUGUGAUGGUGAUCGAGUGUAACCUGCGCGCCUCCCGGUCCUUCCCCUUCGUGUCCAAGACCAUCGGUGUGGACUUCAUUAAUGUGGCCACCAGGGUGAUGGUGGGGGAGCCCUUGAACGAGGCCCAGCUUCCCACCCUGGAGAAGCCCAUUAUCCCUGUGGACUACGUGGGCAUCAAGGCGCCGAUGUUUUCCUGGCCGCGUUUGCGAGAGGCCGACCCUGUCCUACGCUGUGAGAUGGCCUCCACUGGGGAGGUGGCUUGCUUUGGACCAAAUAUCUACUCGGCCUUCCUGAAAGCCUUGCUCUCCACUGGUUUCAAGAUCCCGCAGAAGGGAAUCCUCUUAGGCAUCCAGCAUUCGUAUAGGCCAGACUUCCUGUCCACUGCCCACCAGCUGAAGGAGGAGGGGUUUAAGCUUUAUGCUACAGAGGCCACCUCGGUGUGGCUCAAUGCUAAUGAUGUGCCUACGAGCCCAGUGGCGUGGCCCAGUCAGGAGGAUGAAGAGGACACCCUACCCAGCAUCACCAGUCUGAUCAGAGAUGGCCACAUUGACCUGGUGGUGAACCUCCCUAACAACAACACAAAGUUUGUCACGGACAACUUCCUCAUCCGUCGAAUGGCUGUGGACUGCGGCGUACCCCUCAUCACAAACUUCCAGGUGGUGAAGCUGUUCGCCGAGGCCGUCAAGCAUUCCAGCGAGCUGGACACCACCAGUCUUUUCCACUACCGUCAGCUGGAGAACGCCCAGAGCUAGGAGCGCCUGGACCCGGCCGGCAGCCUGCAGCCUCUCUGAGCCCCAUGGCCCGGAGUGCGCAUCCACCCCGGAAGUCUGGGGAAUCCCAGUGGGAAGACUCGGCUUUAAUCCAAGGAAAGGCCAAUCCUUUCUGAUAAAAGAACUUUUUUCGAUCCGUCUCCCAUCUGAACUUGUUGAGUACUGUGUAUUCUCAUUUUUGCAGAUGUAUAUGAAGAGAAGCUUAGAAGUGUUUAUUUAGUGAGUGCUUAAGGAGCGAUUUUCAUUCUUUAGAAAAGGUCAGUGUGUUUACCAUGCUAAUAUCUCAACACACAAUACGAUGCAACGUGCGUUCAUCCAACACACAAUAUCCUUCUAGAAUCGUACUAGUUAUACUGUAAGUAAUACGCACUUGUUUUAAAUUGUGCUUUUCAUUACCAUGCACCAAAUUUUUAUGCUUCUUUCAAAUGACAUUUCAUUUGCUCCUUUUGUUAUGAAUUGUCUAUCUUUGUUCACGGAACGAGAGUUUAGAGAGCGCUUGUGGGAGAUGUAAUGGGACACUGAAUUAAAAAUCCCUUGCCUUAAUAAAGCCGA